UGGGUGGUACCCCAGUUCCAGCAUCUUGUGACUCCAAAGCAGGUUUCUUCUUUUUUUUCAUUUCUUGCGUCAACCCUGUCUCCUUUCCUUAUUAAAAUAAACGAUUACUUUUUUUCUGUUCCCUCUCCUUUCGGUUCUUUUUUCCUUUCCUUUCUUUUUCUUUCAUUACAUAUCCCAUACGCACGUACACAUUCACUUGUACAAUUGUAUGCUGCAUUGGUGGCCAAAAAACAUUCAAUGGCAACUCCACCAUUAGGCCUAAUCGUCGCCUAUGUUGCGGGCGGCUUCACUUUCUUUCCGGUCGUACUGCUGAUUCUCUACAUUGUGCAUAAAGUGUCCGCAUUCGGCACCUGGACAGUGCAGCAAGCGGCCUAUGAAGGCGAUCCCAAAUACGCAGCAGCAGCAAGAAAAGCAACUAGCAAUAACGCCUCUAUCUCCACGUCCACGAUAUUAUCUUCGCUGUCGUCUUCACCUUUGUCAUCGUCGCAGUCGUACAAAGUGGGGUGGCUCCGGGUAUCUCGGGACGAACAACGGCUGCCUCCGCCAGACGCAAGCAUAGGCGACAUGGUAAAGAACAUAAUCAUUGCCGGCAAUAAUCGCAACAAUGAACAAAACGAAAUCUAUUUUGCGGCCCUGAAACACACGACGCUAUUUCUAUACGAUUCGGAACGACAGCUGGAUUGCAAAGGCGUGAUACAAGUCAACCAGCAUAGGGUGAUGACACAUCCACCUGGUUUACACGACCACGAGUUGUUUACGAGGCCGCAUCUCAUCAAAUUGACGCAUAAGGACAAGGAUUCGCAUUACUACAUCAAUUGCAGCAAAUGUAUCGACAAGGAAGACUGGUACUUGGCACUACUGCGUGCUGCGCGAUCUUCUCAGGAGGACGAAGAAUCGAUGCAUUUUGAUCAAGAAGCCAUGAACAAACUGCUCACGACGAUUCACAGCGACGAGCAUCAUUUCCAGACCCAAUGGUUCAAUGCCAUGCUAGGCCGGAUUUUUUGUGCAUUCUACAAGACCGAUGCGAUCAACGACCACUUGUACAAGAAGCUUAUUUCAAAGCUUGACAAGCUCAAUGCCCGUCGUCCCCCAUUUCUCGGCGAAAUCACUGUCCGAUCAGUGGAUGUGGGCCAUGCACCGCCGUUUCUGACCCAACCUCGGCUGCUUGGCUUAUCCCCGACCGGCGCGUUGACCGCUGAAGCCAACUUACAAUACGAAGGUGGCAUCCGGUUCGAAAUAGAAACCGUGCUCAAGUGGAAAUACUCGGAACAUCUGCGCCCGCUGACGGUGGAUCUGGUGCUGGCCAUCACUCUCAAGUCGCUGCGGGGCAAGUUCUUGCUCAAGAUCAAAGAGCCGCCGACCAAUCGGUUCUGGUACGGGUUCUACGAACUCCCCAAGAUGGAAUGGCUGGUGGAGCCGUUGGUCGGGGAACGUCGCGUGGAGUAUUCCAUGGUCGUCAAAGCAAUUCAAACUAAAAUUGACGAGCUGGUCAUGGAGAAUGUGGUCCUGCCAAACCUGGAUGAUAUCACGUUUUUCCCAACCAAUGGGGCAGGGGGCAUUUUUGGGUCAGCAACAUCUGCACCGCCAGCUAAAAAUCCGGAUCCACCAGAAGAAAUAUCACCCACGCCUACUGCUGCUGCCACUCACAAGGCACCUGUUGAACCGUCAGCAUCACUCCCGGAACUGUUUGAUAAUAAACCGGAUGGAAAGCCCAAGAUGCGACGGUGGUUCACCAGCAAAGAUUCGCCCAUGUCAACCCCAGCAGGCGAGGUAGAUGAUGCUGGGACCAAUGAUGACGCUGAUGAUGUUGUGGCAUCACCACGACCACUAGCAAAAAUGACAACAUCGCUUUCAGAUAGUGCCCGUGGAGAAAAACACCAUCAGCGAUCGUUUAUCGAUGCAAUUUUGAAUCGGAAACCGACAGCACAACAACAGCAACAACAAAAGCAAAAACGCGAAAAACAAAACAUAACAAAAACAACAACUGCAUCCUCUCCAACUGCAUUCCCCAACUCUAUUAUACCAACAGUCGCCAUUUCAUCGUCACCUGACUCUUUAUCCUCAUCAUCGGCAUCUUCCUCCAGCGACCCUCCCAGCAGCAGCAUUGACAGCAGUAGCAGCUUGCUACAGCAGGAUGUACCACCACCAUCCAAGCACCCUCUCCCUAUUCCGAUUAUUACCACGGACGUUGAGCAGUACGACGACUCGGACCAUGAUUAUUACGAUACAGCAACUAGCAGGAGCAUGACUGUAAAUACAGCUUCUAUGACAACAGACAGCGAUGGUCAACAACGACAGCUACGAUUACGGAAAUCGGCAUCACUGGCCCGACUCAAGGCGAAAUCGAUGGCGUCAACAGCGGUAUCACAGAUCAAUGUGUCACCAAAGAUGUACCAAACCGAACUGGUCGUCCAUCGAAAGCCGCUUGGUAACAACAACAACAACAACAACAACAAGUGUACAGAUGCAGCAACCGUGAUAAGCUCAGUCCAUCAAUCUGCAUUACCGUCUUUGGUUGAAAAACCAGUUGUGUCUAUAGCAUGAUAAACAACAUUAUAGAUUCCAUUUCUUUGCCUUUUGUAUACCGUUAUUUUCUGUUGUAAUAUCCAUUUCACACACAAUCCCAACCACACACACACACACACACACACACGCAUAGCCUCUUCUACCAGACAUCUCAAUCUCCUUUUGUUUACAUAAAUAUAUAAGGUUCA